UCCCCUUCCUCACAUGUGUUUUUGGAGUCUAUGAUAGCGUCUGCUUCAUGUUGAUCUCAAACGUGAAUAUGUUGAGGCUCUGCGUAAAAAAUAUACCUCUCAGGAGCUGUGGUUCUCAGAUAGUACGGCGGUGCUCAGGUGACGUGAAAACAGCAAGCAAAGCACCUGACAUUACUAAAGUACCUCUGAGCAAGACUGUUGAAUGGUUGCCUCGACCUGUAUAUGCGUCAGUGUCUAGUACACCAGCUCAGACACAAGUAACAACUCUUGAGAAUGGCCUGCGUGUGGCAUCUGAGCCAAAGUUUGGCAACUUCUGCACAGUUGGAGUUGUCAUUGACAGUGGCAGUAGAUAUGAGGUGGCAUAUCCAAGUGGAAUCUCUCACUUCCUUGAAAAACUUGCUUUUGGUCGGACCGUUAACAUGACCCGCGAUGACAUCAUGGGAAAGUUUGAGAGACUUGGCGGAAUUUGUGACUGCCAGUCUUCGAGGGACACAUUUAUUUAUGCUACUUCAGUGGAAUCCAAGGGUAUGCCUGAAGCAGUAGAAGUGUUAGCGGAAGUUGUCCUCCGUCCUCAGCUGCUGCCUGAAGAGGUUACAGAUGCAAGAAUGGCAGUGACUUUUGAUUUGGAGGACCUGCAGCUCAGGCCAGAGAAAGACACUUUGCUGAUGGAAAUGAUACAUGCUGCUGCAUACAGAGACAACACUCUUGGGCUUCCCAAGAUCUGCCCACCAGAGAAUGUGAUGAAGAUUGACAGGUCAACCCUUUUCACCUACCUGAAGAAACACCACACACCCUCCCGCAUGGUUCUAGCAGGUGUGGGGGUCAACCAUGAUGCUCUCGUCGAGUGUGCACAGAAACACUUUGUGGAGCAUCAGUCCAUCUGGGAAAUGGAGCCAGCAUUGGGGAGUUCUCGCACCAUUGAAGUGGACCGGUCAGUGGCUCAAUACACGGGCGGGAUUAUUAAGGAAGAUGCAGAUCUCUCUGAUGUAUCACUGGGCCCAAACCCUCUGCCAGAAUUAGCACACUUAGUAAUUGGUUUAGAGUCUGUUGGCCACCAGCACAAAGACUUUGUUACGUGUUGCGUCUUGAAUAUGAUGAUGGGAGGAGGCGGAAGCUUCAGUGCAGGUGGUCCUGGCAAGGGCAUGUACACACGUCUCUAUACAAAUGUUCUUAAUAGAUACCACUGGAUGCACAAUGCAACUGCAUACAACCAUGCAUACAGUGACAGUGGUCUCUUCUGUAUCCAUGCCUCAGCCCACCCCUCUCACCUAGGAGAACUCACACAGGUGUUGACCCGGGAGUUUGCUGCAAUGGCAGGACACGUCGGGAAGGAGGAACUACAGCGUGCAAAGGUGCAGCUCCAGUCAAUGCUGUUGAUGAAUCUAGAAAGUCGUCCCGUAGUUUUUGAAGAUAUUGCUCGCCAGGUGUUAGCCACAGGUCAUAGGCUACAGCCACAGCAUUUUAUGGAUCUUAUUAAAAAUGUGACUGCUGAUGAUAUAGUCAGAACUGCGGGACAGAUGUUGCGAGGAAAGCCGGCUGUGUCUGCUUUAGGAACACUUGAUCGUCUACCAAACAUCUCAGAUAUUGAAAGUGCAUUAUUACAGAAGGAUGGACAAUUACCUUCCAGAAGGAGAUUCACAAUUUUCCGAUAACUAUGUUUCCUUAAUACCACUGAAUAUAUUGAUCAUUAGUGUUGCAGAUAAGUAGGGAGACUAAAAUAAUGUACGUAGAGUUUCAUGUGCUCAGUAUCAGUCUAGCAUUGUGGAUAUUUGAGUGUCUGUGGAUGUCUGCUGUGAAAGCUCAUUUCUAUUCUUCAGGGAUAUUUGGCAUGUUAUGUGUCACAGUUAUUCAUGUAUGGAUGGCAUCCUUAGAUAAUGUGAAUGUGGCUGACACUGAUAAUGAAGUGCAACGGAAACUUUUAAUUUACUAGUCUUUUCUAAGAAAAUGUGAUAAGGACAAACAGGUUUAUAAAGUUUGCAUUCAAGGCGAGGAAGAAUUAUGUAGAUAUAGAGAGAAAAAAUAUUUUUUACAUGAUGUCCACAAGGUUCUGGAAUAGGAUAGUAAACAGAAUAUCAAAGCAAGACUAUUGUGCAACAAUGUAAAUAUAUUAAGAGUUUUAUUUGUUAGGUGCCAAAAUAAAUGGCUCCUUGUUGCUCACAAGCUCAAAGAAUUUAAAGAUAUAAAGAAAAGCAUAUAGAAGUGUGAAUACCAGUUUUUGCCAGAAAAAUGGCUUUAUUAUAAAUCAUAAUUUUUUAUAUAUAUUCUUUGUUAUGUUUUAUAACUUUAACAUCUAGAAGCAUUCAACAUCUUGGAUCACGGGAGGCACGUUUUUUGAGGCUCCAAAGACCAAACCUCAACUGAAAACUCUCUUUCUGUUAUUUGGCUCGUACUAGAUUAACAAAAAUUAAUGCAGAAUGGUCUUUUUCCUUUGUUCUGUUGAUUUAACUUGUUUAUUUUUCUUUCUCUCUCUCAAGUACAGGAAAUUUGUGCAACAAGGUCAUGACUUAAGGCUAAUAUUUCCCUCUCUUACUCAAGAUCUUAGCAGUGUGGAUAUACUGUACUCAGAAUAUUAUAUAAAAAGGAGUUGGCUGUGGGUCAGUUAGUUCACAUUGCAUAAAUGCAAGGGAAAUGAUGGGUGUAGGUAAUGUUAAGCUCAGUAGUAUCACAAGAUACUUUGGAUGUGAUUUCAAGGAUAGGAUUGUAUUCAGAAUGAAGUGGAGAACAAAAGGCAUAAUUAUGAGGGCACUAAGGUGUACAUUUUAGCAAUUCUAAAAUGAAGAUUAGGAAUAUCCAAUUUGUUAAUCUUUCAACUGCAAAUAAUAAAAAAUGGUCCACAGUUUAUUGCCUGCUUAGUGGACUUCAAUUUGAAGUUGUAGAAAGAAAAACAAAAAACAGAUGUUAAACUAAUGUUUACAUUGAAAAGACUAUUGAGCCCAAUAUGUUAGAGCAUGUAGUAGAGAAAGGUUGGGCAACAGGAUUAGUAAAUUAGUUAAAUUUCCUAGAGAAGGGAGGGGCACAGAGGAAAAAAGACCUGAAAAAAAAAAUAUAUAUAUUUUAGGGAAUUAAUACAUUUGGCUUCAGACUUAUUCAUCAUAGUUCUAAAGAAUGUCUAAGAUUUGGUAUAUGAUUAAUGUAGGUUGCAUGGAAAGCAUCAGCUGGCAACUGAUAUGCCUUAUUAACUAUUUUACAUUUAAAAUAGUAGGGGUUUGCAUCUAGGAUUUUGAUGUCAACCAUUUUUUCCACAUAUGGAUUGUGUAAUGUUGCUAAAAUUCCAAUAUUAUGAAUAUGGCUUGUCAUUUGCUUUAAUGCUAUGUGGCCUCGUCAGGUGACCAAAAUGAGCCAUGGUAUCCUCUGCCUAACCACAGUACAUUGCUUUUGUAAGGGAUGGGUCAUCUCUAAAUAUCUUUCAGGUAUACAAGUCUUCACUAUUUCAGCAAACAUUGAGAGUUAUGGAUGCCUGUCUGACUGCACUGAGCUGAUGAUCUGAAUUAUAAUUGUCUCUGUAAUAAGUUACAAAACCUCAUAAGCAUUUUUUGAAGGGAACUCUAAAACCAGCUGGGUUUAUGUAUAAGAAUACUCAUGUAAAUCUGAUUUGUGUUUUUUUUUUUAUGACAAAAAAAUCAUCUUAAAAUAUUCACUUGCUUUAUGAUUUAGGCAUUUUUACAGUAAAAGAAUACUCAGGAAAAAGAACAAAGAAGUAUGCAUUCAUAGUUAAUCAGUUUAGAAACUUUAAAAGCAAAUAGUUAACCAUAAGAAGCUAAGUGAUGACAGAAUACCAUUGCACAAUUGUGAUAUAUAAUAGUGGAGUGUUCAAGUUAAAAAAAAAUAGAAAAAGAAAAUAGACACAAUAUAGUGUAAAGUUCAGAUACCCUUUCUCCUGUUAUCACAAAGUAUGUAAUGGUAUUAUAUUUGUGUUUCCUAAAAGAAAUUGGUUUACUAUGAGACGAAAGUUUAGUGCCUUUCGAGAAUAUUACUACAUAAUAAUGUGGUUUGAUCUUUCAUUGUUCAUCCAAAAUUGUCUCAGAUGUGGAAUGAUUUUUUGACUGAAAAAUUUAGCAGUUACUAAUAGAAGUGUACAUAAAUUAUGUACACUUCUCAAUUACACAGCGAACCCAUGUCCAACUUCUGUUUUGUUUUGCUUUGGGAUGUUUUUUUCAUGAAUCCAAGUUCGUAAAUAUGUAAGAAAACGUCAGAUGGAGUAUUCUUUACUCAUCUUAAGGAAUGUAUUCCAUGCAGUUACAGUUUCUGUUAAUGAAUAACCUGGAUAUUGUCUGCAGAAGUAUGGAAAAUUCAAUUCAUAUUCCAUUAAGAGAAGGAAAUGAAGAAUGUUGUUGAAUAUUAUUAAAUCUAAUUGUUUAGGAAUUUGGUAUCAACAGAAAAUGGGGAAAAAAUAAUGAUUGUACAUUUGCACAGAUGUAAAUGAAAGAAUAAAUUUUUAAAAAUCUUUUUUAUAUCGGUUGGAAUGGGCAAACAUUAAUUAAGAGAUAAUGGGAAGUCAUUUUAAUUGCUGAAUCAAAUUAUGUGCACACAUUUGGAGCUUAAGGAUCAUUAUUGUAUUAAUGUGUGUGAUUGGGUUUUGUACUUCAAAGGUUCUGUUUUGUAGGUUUUGUAAUCGCCCAAUCCAUCAGAGCCCAUUUUAUGCCUUUGUAGUAUUAUUGGUAAUAUUGUUAUCAUUUGUAUGAUCAUGCUUAUUGUUCUCUUUGAUAUCAUUUUGUUUAUGGUCAUUAUUAUUAAUAGGCAUUUAUUUUUAUACGUGUUUCGAUCUUCAGAAUUGUUGUAUAAAUUAUCAGUCACACAAUAUUUUCACGUAUUCCUUAUUGGAGUUCAUCUUUUUCUCAUUGUGGAAUAUGCUGCUGCUUGGGCCAGGGCUACUGCAGUCUUGUAUCAUGUUGUAAAUAUGUAAAAGAUUUGUAAUAAAAAAUGUUGCUCAGUU